CUGACAAGUAUAGGGGAGUGGUUGGUGCGCGCCUUCCCGUUGAAUCCUCUAUCGCGUUCUCGAGUACGAGAUCGGAGUGCAUCGCGUGGGUCUACGCCAGGAAGACCACUUUUUUCCUGAUCACGGUCGUCGUGCAUCAUCCGAGGCCGUGUUUGCAGUCGCGUCGCGUGUGCCCGUGUCCGAAAAAUGUAAUAUGGCGAUGGUUGCGUCGAACAUGAGCGGCCACAUACAGAAGCAGCUCACCAGGAGCCUCGAGCGGAUCCUGGAGGAAGCGCACCUGAGCGGCGAGCUCAAGUUGAGCGGUCGCAAGCUGAAGGACUUCCCGAAAGUCGGGAAAACCGGCGCGACUAAAUACAAUCUGCAGGACACCGUGAUCGCUGACCUUUCGAAGAAUCGUUUCAGUGAGUUACCGGAGGAAGUCACGGAAUUUCCAUUCCUCGAGAAGCUACACCUCUACCACAAUGCCAUAAGAAUAAUCCCGGAAACCGUCGUAAUGCUCCAAUCUCUGAACUACCUCGAUCUUAGUCGAAACCAAUUGACAUCGCUACCUCGAGAGAUAUGCAGGCUACCCCUUCAGACAUUGCUAGUCGCACACAACAGAUUAGCAUCUCUGCCAGACGAGCUAGGCAGGAUGACAGCAUUAGCAGAACUGGACGCAGGUUGCAACGAAAUCACGAGCCUACCAUCUCGAAUAGGCGACCUUGCGCGACUCCGGUCUCUGGAUCUGAGGAGCAACUUGCUGGUGCACCUGCCUAUAGAACUGACGUACCUGAGGCUCGUGAAGCUGGAUAUUAGUGGCAAUCGAAUAUCUGUGCUUCCAAAUGAGAUGAGGAAGAUGAAAGGCUUAGUGGAUUUCAGACUGUCCGACAAUCCGCUGACCUCGCCGCCUGCCUCGCUAUGCAUUCGCGGGCGAACGCACAUUUUCAAAUACUUGGAGAGGCAGGCAGCGAAACACGAGAGGGCCAGAGGUGGUCGGACGAGGCGAACGCCUCUGGACACGAGGGGUCACGCGACGCUGGACUUGAGGUCGCACCGGCGGCACAACGUCGACAGCGGAUACAGCACGAGCGACGGCGUCGACAAACGCUGGUCCCAGGAGAUCCACAGCGCGGUGCACGACGGCGAAGUUCGCGGUUUGUGGCGGCAAGAAUGUUCACCAUUAUCGAUAACGCUACCGCACGAGGUAGGUGUGAACGGGUCUUGCAGCGGCACGUCGACACCCAGCACGAUUUCACCCGGGGAGCACACAUCUUUAGAAGAUGAGUUGGGCAAGGCUAUGAUACUACACGAUCAACUGGAAAAAAGGAGAUUAGAGAGGAGCACCUCGGAGAAUGGGGCAGACAUUAGGAGACCUAUGAUCUCUGGCCUUCAUCACACAUCGAUUACGCCACCGGGCCAUCUGGAGUCCACGCAUUUGACGAAUCAGUCGCAGCAGUUAUCGUGCGCACAAUCGGUACACCCACUUCAGACUGCCAUGAAUCCCGCUACACUAAUGAACGGCGACGAUAAGAGGCCGUUGAAUCACAUACAGACGUACAGGGAGUAUAAAGAAGCUUUGAAACAGCAGAGAGCUAACGAAGGUCUAAGCGUGUACAGACCUCGCGAACAAGUGACGCCUCCGGGCAACGAGUCGCAAAAUAACGAGACCGACUCGGGCAAUAAUAAGGAAAUCAUCACUCUGACUGGUAAACAAAUUUUUAACGAGGACAACGCGUUGAAGAGGCCAGUGCAGAAGGUUACCCCAUCGCGAAUCAACUAUCAAAACACGCCGAUUAUCAACGGCAACAACAGCGACUACAACAACAAGAACGGAAAAUAUCUCGAGCAACCUUAUAAGAAGCCUAGCUCGCCUAUCAAAACUUCCACCAGUAUUCUUUCCACGAACACAAGUCCAGCGCACGCACCCAGACUAGUGAAAACUGCUGUUGGUUACGUAGAAGGCAACAAGAGUCCAAGUAGAAAUGGCGGCAGUCCUAAAUCACCGCGAUCCGUCACUUGGAACAGCAACGUGCCUGAAAAGUAUUCCUUUACCAUGAGGAGAGAGUUCGAACGUGCCAAAGAAGAGGCUGACCUCAUCGAGCAACUGCGAAAUCAUAUAGAGACGAGAUUAAAAAUGGCACUGCCGGAGGACCUUGCACCAGCGUUAACGGACGGCGUUGUUCUCUGUCACUUGGCUAACCACGUUAGACCGCGAUCGGUCGCCAGUAUACAUGUUCCUUCUCCGGCUGUACCUAAAUUGACGAUGGCGCGAUGCAGACGUAACGUCGACAACUUUCUCGAGGCGUGCCGAAAGAUUGGCGUCGAUGAGGAGGUGUUAUUGGACGCGGAUGCAAUCAUGGACGUGGGUUACAUGGACGCGUAUGGGCUGGAGGCUCUGGCGCGUCUCGUCACCUCUCUUCUCCUUGUUCGCGAUGAGGAGGAGAGUGACACCGAAGAGCCGGUCGCUGGUUCACUCCGUACGAUUCAGGACCACGUUAUGUCCGCAAUGCUUUUUGCCACAUUCCUAUCCACUCUGGUUCUGCUUUAUUUCUUUCCGAUCCCCGAUUAAUGAGACGGUGACGAGAACGGAAAGCCGCCAGUGCGCAAGAAACGAAGGAGCGACGAGUUAAUAAGGGGAGAAAGAAGAGUGCCAAGAACGGAAACUAUGACACUUCGAAACGACGAUUCUUCGAUCUCUCCGAUUUUUUUUUUUUUAAUUAACGCAAACACUGUUGUGUCGGUUUCGCUUUUGAUAACCGAAUCUGAGAAUCGUCGUUUCGUUUGAAUAACUAUGCGCGCGACACUUUCAACGUUUGUUAUUUUUCGAACGGCUUGUUUAAUUACUUCUGUGGAUUCUGCAUUUACAUUUAUUCAGAUUUGAGAAGGUGUCGCGAGUCGGACGCAACUUCGACAUCGAAGAUUUCCAAGUGAUAUUCAAAAGAUUUUGGACGUAGGAAAAACGCGCACGAAUGUUGGAUAAAUUGAACGUUUUUAUAAUUAAAGAGAAUAAUGCAGGGAUAUCAUCGAUGUCGAAGUACUCUGCGAUUUUUUAAAGUGCCUUUUAGAGCGUACAGAUCAAAGAACGAUUUACCAUCUGUGUCUAGGCGCUUUAAAAAAUAUCAGAACAUAUCUUUUUUGCCGCAUAUGAAAUCGCCGCUAGUCCUCACUGCGGCCAGAGUACUUAGCUCUCGAUUUAUCAUUAGUAGUAGCUUUAACAGGGUUGUUCGCUUUUUUCGACCUCCGCCUGCAUAAGUUUCCUCACUUGUGAUUGCACGAGCGAGGAAUCUUGUAGUCAGUAUGGAGAAUUUUUGGAAAUAGUUUUUAAGUAUCGACAGGCAGCUUGAUGAAACGGUUAGUCGACUAAGUAUUAAGUAAGUUUAUAUCGUUUUCUGUCUAGAAAGGCCUUGAUUCAUCAUCGAUAAUAGCAUACUAUAUGCGGGAGUAUUCACGGGAAUCCAAGAGGAUUUUCCGCGAAAGAUGAUUUUCUUAAGCGAAAUUCUAUUCCACGUUCUCGUUAAUUUCCUCCGAACUUAUAGGAAGUUGAUGUAAAAUCAAAGAGCGCAAUCAAAGGUAAAUCGAAGGCGCUCGCAUAUCACAUUUAGUUGUCUGUGAAUGUAUUUUACAGAAUUACCGGCUAUUUGAUUGCCACUUGAUCGUACAAGUUGGCUAUCGUCGGCUGGGAUCUGCCGAUGAAAUAUUUUGAUAAAAGAGAGGGUAGUGAUCGAAAUUAAGAACUGGUGUGCAAUACUCGUUCAAGAAUGCUAUAUAUUCAUCCCAUUUAACUAUCCGGAUUCUCGGAAAAUAUUGCCUUCUAUAAAAGCCUCACAAUUGCAAUUGUCUUAGCUGGUAUUGCGACAUCAUUCUCCGUGUUUACAAUUAUCCCUCAGGAAAACAAGAAAGAGUGAACGGAAGGAUAGCUAUGAUACCUUGGAUGGUAGUAUUUUUUUAAGAUUCGACCAAUGAACUGCCUAUGGCUCUUUCAGGAUUGGUGGGUCUGUGAUAGGUAGCCUGCGAGUAUUACAGGAUUCAUAAAAAGGUGCUAACGGAAUCUCUUUUAAGUUCGAGGAUUUUCUAUUUUGGUAUGUAAAGUCUAACAAAAGGUAGUAGUUUGAACGUUAAAAGAUGGUGAUGUUUAUAUUCAUUCGUUAUAAGUUACAAGCGGUAUCGCUUUCCUUGCUCGUAAUUUCGUAAGUUAGUUCAAUUGUAUUCUUCAUCUACAAAAAAGUACUUUCAUUUUCGGAAGGGAAGAACUGAAAUAGAGUACUCUUCGAUACUUCACCGACCAAACAAUUCGGUCUUAGUCUAACAAUAAGAUAUUGUACUGUAGAUUGAAGUUAUUUUGAUCUCACCGUUAAUCAUCUUCUCAAAUUUCAACAUUUUAUUCAAUAAAGCAUAACAUUAUUAUGGGAAUUGAAAAAUUAUCAAAAA